CGUUAAGAACGUUUGCAGCACUGAAAGAUUAAAAUUAAGGAAAUACCGAAUGCACUGGUCGUGGCAGACGGAUGGUCAUAAUUUUAAUUCGGUGACAUUUGACCCCAUCUAUAAUGACGUCUCGUCGAUAUGGUUUCCUAGGUAACCCGGUGUUACCUACGAUGACAACAAGUCUCGGCUAGGUACCUGCAUUGUUGCACUCUGCUUCUACCGCCGAUUGCUCUCUACGUUCAAACGUUUCUUUUCAACCUCUAUUUAUAGACUUAAGAUCUUCUAAUUGAGGCCGUCUUGCCCGAAUCCACGAAUCGUUGAAAUACAUUUCUAACGGGCAACGCUAUGUCAUUGGUCGAGCCUCUGUAUUGUAAUCAACAAAUUAACGUCCCGCCAAAGUUGCCACUGAUACUCAAGCAAUUUUGCAAGGCUGCCAUUCGUACUCAGCCCUACGAUCUCUUAAAAUGGUCCAGUGCGUAUUUUAGAGCCUUAGCGGAAGGAGAAGAACCUCCGGCGAAGUCGAGAUUGGAAUAUCCGCCUCCUUGUACUCCUUCAGGGUUGACUCUUGGAUUUCUGAAGGUCCUUCUUCGUCAGUUUGGAGAUUAUAACAAGGUACUUUCGGUGGAUUCGGUUCUGCAUCGGUGGGACUGCCUCUGUUUGGACCGUAAGGAACUGUGCCUGAUAAUGACGAUCGGAAGGUUUCGGCGUAAAUGCCAAGUGAAAAAGUUUUUAGCAGUAGCUGUGGGACUUCUGAGCUCCAGCCUUUUCGAGACGAUGAUUAUGUUGUGCGAGUUAUUCACUCAUGAACCUGAUGGCGGUUCCGCCAUGAUUCCGCUUUCGCUCUUCAUGGAACUUUAUGGAUAUUUGGCGAAUCUUCGAUGCGAUGGAGUCCCGAGGGAAUCUCUCGAUGAAGACGAGGAAAUUCUGAUCCAGCGAGAAUCGGAUCGCAGUGCGUCUUCGCAAAAGACACGAGAUUUCUUUGACGACCCUCGUGUACCUUCUGCAGGUCGAGAAACCGAAACAGAGCCUAACAUGGAAAUCCGAAUGGUGGUGAAAAACGACACAGUGAACGGGAUGCAAGGAGAUGAUCAACAGAUGAAGUCGGAGGUAUUCGAGAAAAGCUCUGGAAGCCCUGUCGACAAAUUUGACGACGCAUCCUUAACUAGUAAUUCAAUGAAAGAAACCAGCAAUGGCUUCGGCACUGACGAGAAAAGUCUUGGGCAAACGUCCUCGCAACAAGAAGAAAGACAACCGACCGAAUCCGAAGGAACAGAGACCAGCAACAAUACCGCGGUGGGAAAUUUGGGGAAAUUUUGCGAAACGGAUGGAGAUUCACGCAAAACUCGACAUGUCGAAGAGUCAGCCGUAGAGAAGAAGAGGAUGAAGUUGGAAGAAGUCGGACUACCGAAACACUAUCCAUAUAUUCCUGGAAUAGGACCCCAGCUAUCGCCGGAACAAAUAGCGAAAGUUGAGGCAUGGAUGAUAGAAUGUGCGAUUCUUCAAGAAGGCAUGGUCGGUCCUAGAAACCUGCGACAUUUUCAGUGUCCUUCGUUGGACAGACCAUGGACAUCCGAAUCUCAACUUUAGAAGCCUAGGUCAACAGAGUCCGACUUCGUUUAUACUACCAGUUCAUAUAUUCUAUAGAAACGUUGCAUGUUUAGAUUCGUGGACAUUCAAAUAGAAUAAAAGAGAACGAGUAAAUUGUUAAUUACAUUACAUUAAGAUGGUUGUCCUUGAUCGAGAUUGUGAUUAAUAAAACGGAUUACCGUACA